CGUCCAGCAGCUGAUCGGUAAUCCAGAAGAAGUUUCCCCUCAGUUAGGGGGGAGCUCCACUUUGAAGCAGGAGACUCCACAACCACCCUGCAUUAAAAAGGAAGAGGAGGAACUCUGCAUCACUCAGGAGGGAGAGUGUCUUCUAGGACGAGAGGAAGCUGAUUACACCAAAUUUCCACUGAGUAUUCUCUCUGUGAAGACUGAAGAUGAUGAAGAGAAACCACAAGUAGACAACUUCUUAGCUCCACUAUCAGAUAGGGAGGCUAAAGACGAGGUUGAAGAACCUUUGAGCAGCGAUAAAGACUGUGAAGGUGAUAUGAGGACUCACACUGACAACAAACACUCUGAAUGCUCUUCAAAGAAGAGAGGUAAAAAAUGUUUGAGCUGCUCAGUUUGUGCUAAAAGAUUUACUCAAAUGAGCCAUUUGACCCGACACAUGAGAACACACACAGGUGAAAAACCAUUUAGUUGUUCAGUUUGUGGCAAAAGCUUUUCUGUUAAGUGCUAUUUGACUGGACACAUGAGAACACACACAGGUGAAAAACCAUAUAAGUGUUCAGUUUGUGGCGUAAGCUUUUCUAAAAAAAGCACUUUGACUACACACAUGAGAUCACACACAGGUGAAAAACCAUUUAACUGUUCAAUUUGUGGUAAAAACUAUUCUUUAAAGAGCCGUUUGAGUCAACACAUGAGAACACACACAGGUGAAAAACCAUUUAGUUGUUCAGUUUGUGGCAAAAGCUUUUCUGUUAAGAGCCAUUUGACUGGACACAUGAGAACACACACAGGUGAAAAACCAUAUAAGUGUUCAGUUUGUGGCAAAAGCUUUUCUGAUAACAGUUAUUUGAAUCGACACAUGAGAACACACACAGGUGGAAAAGUAUUUAAGUGUUCAGUUUGUGGCGAAAGUUUUUCUCAAAAUAACUGUUUGACUCGACACGUGAGAACACACACAGGUGAAAAACCCUUUAGUUGUUCAGUUUGUGGCAAAAGCUUUUCUCAAAAUAGCUGUUUGACUCAACACAUGAGAACACACACAGGUGAAAAACCAUUUAAUUGUUCAGAGUGUGGCAAAAGCUUUUCUGUUAAGGGCCAUUUGACUGGACACAUGAGAACACACACAGGUGAAAAACCAUAUAAAUGUUCAGAUUGUGGCAAAAGCUUUUCUAAUAAGAGCCAUUUGACUCGACACAAGAGAACACACACAGGUAAAAAACCAUUUAGUUGUUCAGUGUGCUGUAAAAGGUUCCCACGUAAUGCAGACGCAGUAAAACACAUGAGAACACACACGUCCGCUAAAAGAGAACAUGAAAGAGAAUCAGCGCCACCAACGGAGAACAAUCUGAAAAGCGAAGAUGAAGACGUCCAGCAGCUGAUCGGUAAUCCAGAAGAAGUUUCCCCUCAGUUAGGGGGGAGCUCCACUUUGAAGCAGGAGACUCCACAACCACCCUGCAUUAAAAAGGAAGAGGAGGAACUCUGCAUCACUCAGGAGGGAGAGUGUCUUCUAGGACGAGAGGAAGCUGAUUACACCAAGUUUCCACUGAGUAUUCUCUCUGUGAAGACUGAAGAUGAUGAAGAGAAACCACAAGUAGACAACCUCUUAGCUCCACUAUCAGAUAGUGAGGCUGAAGACGAGGUUGAAGAACCUUUGAGCAGCGAUACAGACUGUGAAGGUGAUAUGAGGACUCACACUGACAACAAACACUCUGAAUGCUCUUCAAAGAAGAGAGGUAAAAAAUGUUUGAGCUGCUCAGUUUGUGCUGAAAGUUUUACUAUAAAGAGCCAUUUGACUCAACACAUGAGAACACACACAGGUGAAAAAACAUUUCAGUGUUCAGUUUGUGGCAAAAGCUUUUCUCAAAAAAGCCAUUUGACUCAACACAUGAGAACGCACACAGGAGAAAAACCAUUUAGUUGUUCAGUUUGUGGCAAAAGCUUUUCUGUUAAGAGCUAUUUGACUGGACACAUGAGAACACACACAGGUGAAAAACCAUUUAGUUGUUCACUUUGUGGCAAAAGCUUUUCUGAAAUGAGCCAUUCGACUCGACACAUGAGAACACACACAGGUGAAAAACCAUAUAAGUGUUCAGUUUGUGGCAAAAGCUUUUCUCAAAAAAGCCAUUUGACUCAACACAUGAGAACACACACAGGAGAAAAUUCAUUUAGUUGUUCAGUUUGUGGCAAAAGCUUUUCUGUUAAGAGCCAUUUGACUGAACACAUGAGAACACACACAGGUGAAAAACCAUUUAGUUGUUCAGUGUGCUGUAAAAGGUUCCCACAUAAUGCAGACGCAGUAAAACACAUAAGAACACACAAGGGAAAAUAACCAAUUAGCUGUUUAGUUUGUGGUAUGUUGCUCAUAUGUGGUGACAUCCACCCUACCCAGGACCUCCUCACUGCUUCUUUCACAAAUAUCUGAGGUAUUCAUACAAACUUGGAUUAUUUGGAGCAUAAUCUUAUCUACUCAUGACCCCAUGUCUUCUCUGUAUCUGAAACCUUCCUGAACAGUAAGAUAGAUGAUGCUUCAAGUGCUUGGUUACUCCUUCUUCAGUCCAGGGACCUGGGGCCUCAUGUGUCAAGUUUGUGUACGCUCAAAAACCUGCACUACGCCCUUUUUCACUGCAAAGUUGAGAUGUAUCAAAACUGACGUGAUGCUGGGUAACUGUUUGCAUAAAUAAUUGACAACUUUCCUCAGACUGAUUGAUGUGCAAAUCAGAGACAUAUGAACAAUUAACCCCCAACACCCACAACCCAACCCCCACCUCCCUCGACAUUCGGCCAUAACAGGUUCAAUCCGGCCCACGAGAUUGGUUUGCGAAGUGUAAAAAUCAGUUGCAUUUUUGUCGCAAUAGCAAUUCUGUUAGGCAAGCAAAUCGUUUAUACUGGGGCGAGCAAGUAUACCAAGCAAGAGGUACACGGUAAAGCGGGGUUGUCACUCCUCCCCCUCCACCCAACGUAAAACAAGAGUAAAAUAAGCAAUCAGUAACCCCACUUAAAAUGCAGCAUGAGACACUGCACACUGAUAUAGUUCUGUGAAAAUGAUUGUCUUCUGUGCAAAUGUAAAGAAAGUGAACAGUGUGUGAUUUACUGCAAUACUGUCAGUCUUUUAACUUUUUAUUUGUGCUUUGUUGAAAUUGUUCACACAUUGCACAGCUUUUAUUUUUCUAUCAAUACACAUUAUGUCUAGAAGACAGGAAGUAACUCAACACUCUUGAAUAGUUUCUACCUCAGUUUGUAUGGUUUGUUGAGUUAGCACAGGAUUAAUAUGUGGAAAUGACAAAUGAGGUAGUUGAUACAUAGAAUCAUUUUUAUUGAUGCUUUAUUUUGUUUUAUGUUCAAUCCUAGAUGGGUUGUGACUUAAAGUUUAAUUGCUUUGUAGAAACACUGCGAUUAAGUCUAAAUUCAUUGUAUUC